CAGCUAUCUUUGCAAGGAGUCUUCCUUUGUCAAAUCGAUGCAAUAUCGCCAUUAGCGCAAGGUCAGGGCCAGUGCGGGUCGGCCAUGCUAACGGACGCUAGUGGCAAGACAAGUAAAUGCACCACCGCCAUGCUGACGCCUCACGUACCCUUUAUGUACUUUUUUAUACUCUAUAGCUCUUAGUUGCAACUAAUAACUGUUUUAAGCACGUAACUAGCUAAAAUACAAUUCCUAACCCACAAAGAUACAGAUCUGGCUGCUACUAGCUAUCUAGAGUUAAAGAGUUGAAGAGCUAAUAUCGGCUUUCUCCACCUCCCAGUUCGUGAGUGUGCCGAAAGAAGAUAUGUAGCGUGGAUGGGUAGUACCAAGAACGUGACUCCUCAGGCGCACGCAUUCCCUUAUAAGUUCUACAGCUUCCGCGUUACGAUGCUGACUUUUCCACGUGAAGGCGAGAUUGUUCAUGCUGUUCAGCGUGUCAGGAUGGUCAGCUCUAAGUUUGCUCUUGCGAGUCUCCAUCACUUGCACAAACAGCAACUCCGCCUCUUCCUAUCUCCCCUGAUUCUAAAAUGUCGACGCUAGGUUGGCCAUGCUGGUCAGCGUGUCAGGAUAGUCAGCUCCAAGUUUGCUCUUGCGAGUCUCUAUCACUUGCACCUCUAGCAACUCCGCCUCUUCCCAUCUCCCCUAAUUCCUGUACGUCAACGCCAGGUUAGCCAUGCUAGUCAGCGUAGAAGGAUAGUCAGCUCUAAGCUUGCUCUUGCUCGUCUCCAUCACUUGCACAUCUAGCAACUCCGCCUCUUCCCAUCUCCCCUAAUUCCUGUACGUCGACGCCAGGUUGGCCAUGCUAGUCAGCGUGUCAGGAUAGUCAGCUCCAAGUUUGCUCUUGCUCGUCUCCAUCACUUGCACAAACAGCAACUCCGCCUCCUUCUACUGCCCUUCGUAAUAAUGCACUGUACCUGCAGUGUGCCAUACAAACUCCUUCCUCUCAUCUCCUACAUCCAGCUCAUCCAAGUACCCCUCGUUCAGCACUAGGACGUGCGCAACUAGCUCUCUUCAAUACUCCAGUUUCGCCGCAUCCUUAAACAGCUGAACGCACCCGGCUACCACCGUUAUCAGAUGCCACUUCUCCCACAGCUGCUCUUCCUUGUACUUCUUUGCUUGCCAUUGCACCAAACCGUGCAUUAACACCCCCAGCCAUGUUCCUUCCGUUCGCUGCAGCAGGCCGUAUCGUUCCAGUAGGCUCUAACUUUGUCAAUAGCUGUAGUCAUCCCACUCGCCUUCUUCCAAUCUAAAGACCUCAUUAAGCCAGCCCAGCAGCUCAAUCGCAUUUCCAUACAGCUUCUCAUGAGACUCCGACAUCGCCAGGCUGCCCAGCCAAACCAGCUCGUCAUAGAUCACAGCGCCUCAGAAAUAAGCCAGAAAGGCAAGCAACAAGUCAGGCUUCUUAUUCUUCUUGCCGCUCUCCUUAAUCCUCUCUAGCGUCGUAUCCCACACUGUCCACACUGUUUUGCUGCUUAGCUGUAGCCCGCAGAAUUCCUCGCUUUGUAGCAGGUCAUCUUGGUGUUUCUUAUAGUCUGUAAGAUAUCUUAACGGGGCUUGUCUGCAGUCCUCGUCGUUACUUAUGUAAGCGCUAGCAAGGUUAAUUGUAAGAGCCAGGUACUUAAGCUCCCUUACAAUGUUGUCGCAGUCUUUUAGCAUCUUCUCUAAUGCAGCGUCGGCUUCUAGCUUGAGACGUUGAAGAAGGAGCGCCCGUGCUUCUAGUAGUUCUAUAACACCUACCUCUACCUCUUCAC